CAGCUGCAGGUCGUUCUGAAAGAGACAUUGGAGAGACAUAAGCAACACUUCUAUUGAGAAAGACUGGGGAAACAAGAAGAGCUCUCGUGCUUUGCUUAACAUUUUAAAGUUGGAAAAACAUAUCAAAGGUUUCUGAAGGAAUAAACAACCCUCUCAGGCAUCCCUUCAGCUGCAAGACCGUGUGCCAGUGAUGACUAGCUGUUGUAUCCCAGCAGCCCACCUUGGCAGUUAGAGGAGAGGCUCCGCCCCCAUCACCAUGACAGUAGCGUUGCUGAGGGACGCAGCCCCCCUGUCCGUGACUGGCCUUUUGCUCUUCCCCCUGCUCCUACUGCCCCUCCCCAUCGUGUGGUCCCAGAAACCCCUGCUUCCCUCCCAGCCCACACCGAGGGCCACGCCCCAGUACCUGUCCCGGCCGGAGUGCACCCGCAGAGAGCAUCCUGUUGUCACCUUCCAAGCCCUGAGUCCGUGGAUUUCCGUCUUCUCCCAACCGGGCGUGAGAGACUAUUCCCAGCUGACCCUUGAUCUCAUCAGGAAUGAGCUGAUAGUGGGCGCAAGAAACGUCCUGUUCAGAUUGAGUCUCAACAACGUGUCUUUGAUUCAGGCAACGGAAUGGGGCCCAGACGAAGACACCAGAAGGUCCUGUCAGAGCAAAGGAAAGACUGAGGUGGAGUGUCAGAACUACAUCCGCGUUCUGCUGGUCAAUAAGACUGAGGUCAUCACCUGUGGAACCAACGCCUUCCAGCCCCUCUGUAUCACCCGGGAGGUGGGGAACAUGAGCAGCGUGUUGGACCGCGUGAACGGUGUAGCCCGCUGCCCCUACGACCCUCGCCACAACUCCACGGCUGUGGUGACGGAGAGUGGCGAGCUGUAUGCCGCCACGGUCAUAGACUUCUCAGGUCGUGACCCUGUCAUCUACCGCAGCCUGGGUGGCAUGCCUCCGCUCAGGACCGCCCAGUACAACUCCAAAUGGCUCAACGAGCCUCAUUUCAUCUCAGCCUACGACGUCGGCCUCUUCACGUUGUUUUUCCUGAGGGAGAACGCCGUGGAGCACGACUGCGGGAAGACGGUCUACUCCCGGGUGGCGCGCGUCUGCAAGAACGACAUCGGAGGGCGCUUCCUGCUGGAGGACACGUGGACCACCUUUAUGAAGGCCCGGCUCAACUGCUCGCGCUCAGGAGAGAUCCCGUUCUACUACAACGAGCUGCAGAGCACCUUCUACUUGCCCGAGCAGGACCUGAUCUACGGGAUAUUCACCACCAACGUAAACAGUAUAGCAGCGUCGGCAGUCUGCGCGUUUAACCUCAGCUCCAUCACCCAGGCCUUCAACGGGCCCUUCCGAUCCCAGGAGAACCCCCGCUCAACUUGGCUGCCCACCCCCAACCCCAUCCAGAACUUUCAGUGCGGUACCGUUGACGACGACGGCGGCCCCAACAGUGGCCUGACGGAGCGCAGCCUCCAGGACGCCCAGCGGCUGUACCUGAUGAACGAGGUGGUGCAGCCGAUCUCGGUGGACCCACUGGUCAUGCAGGAUGACGUGCGCUUCUCCCGGCUGGUGGUGGACAUCGUGCAGGGACGCGACACCCUCUACCACGUCAUGUACAUCGGCACGGAGUAUGGCACCAUCCUGAAAGCACUGGCAACCACCAAUAAGAGCCUCCAGGGGUGUUACCUGGAGGAGAUCCAGCUCCUCCCCCCCGGGAUGCGGGAGCCAAUCCUGAGCCUGCAGAUCCUGCACAGUGAUAGGUCACUGUUCGUGGGGCUCAACAACAGAGUUUUGAAGAUCCCUCUAGAGAGAUGCUCCAACUACAAGACUGAGACACUGUGCCUGGAAGCCCGGGACCCGUACUGCGGUUGGGACAGGAAACAGCGAAGCUGCACCACUCUGGAGGACAGCUCCAACAUGAGUCAGUGGAGUCAGAACAUCACUGUGUGUCCGCUCAGGAACCAGACCACCAAUGGCAGUUUUGGACCGUGGGCAGCAUGGCAACCGUGUCGCAACGACGAUGGCGAUGGCACCAGCGCUUGUCUGUGUCGCUCCAGGGACUGUGACAGCCCUCCAGCUCGCUGUGGUGGCAGGGGCUGUGAGGGACCCACCAUCGAAGUCUCCAACUGCUCCAGAAACGGAGGCUGGACCCCCUGGUCGUCUUGGGGACAGUGCAGCACCACUUGCGGAACGGGUUUUGAGAUGCGCCAGCGCUCCUGCAACAACCCUUCACCUCGUCACGGGGGGCGUGUCUGCGUUGGCCCGGUCAGGGAUGAGAGGUUCUGUAAUGAGGGCGUCUCAUGUCCGCAGCCUAUCUUCUGGUCCCUGUGGGGGUCCUGGGCUAAAUGCAGCGCUGAGUGUGGAGGAGGGGUCCACUCCAGGGUCAGGAGCUGUGAGAAUGGGAACAGCUGCCCAGGCUGUGCACUGGAGUACAAGGCGUGUAACCUGGAGGCGUGUCCGGAGGUGAAGAGGAACACCCCCUGGACCCCGUGGAUGCCAGUCAAUGUGACCCAGGGCGGGGCGCGCCAGGAACAGAGGAUACGCUACAUGUGCCGUGCCCAACUGGCCGACCCCCAUGAGCUUCAGAUCGGACGGCGCAAAGUGGAGACCCGUUUCUGCCCCAACGACGGCACGGCUGCCUGCGAGACAGACACUCUAGUUGAGGACCUCCUAAGGACCCCUGUGGUGCGAGUGGCAGGCUCAGGCUGGUCGUCAUGGGAGACAUGGUCAGCCUGCUCCCAGGACUGUGCCAAGGGCUACCGCACCCGCAAGCGCACAUGUGCCAUGCCAGAGGGCAAGCCAGCACCCCCAGUCUGCAGGGGCUCACCUGUGGAGUACCAGGACUGCAACUCUCACGCCUGCCCAGUGGGCGGUGCCUGGUCGUGUUGGUCGUCCUGGUCUCAGUGUUCAGUGCCCUGCGGUGGCGGGCACUACCAGCGUACCCGCUCGUGUAACAACCCCAGCCCAGCCAAUGGAGGAGAUAUCUGUAUCGGCCUACACACUGAGGAGGCGCUGUGCAACACAUACACUUGUGAUGGGGAGGUCAGAGAACAGAUGGAACCACUACAGCAGCCAAAGACCGAUUCUCUCGUUGAUAAGAGAGGCGGCUGGAUGGCCUGGUCCCUGUGGUCAGCAUGCGAUGACGCAGGGCUGCAAGUACGCAGUCGGGUGUGUGGGUCUCAAAGCUCCGCCCCUUGUGUUGGAAACAGCACGGGACAGAGGGACUGCAACGAGAUACCAGUGAUUCUCCCAGCGUCUGGCAUUGAUACGGACCAGCAAUGCGGUGCAUUCACCUCUCUGCACCUGAUAGCCACAGGCGUGUCUUGUUUCCUGGGGGCGGGCCUUCUGUCCUUCCUGGUCUAUGUGUACUGCCAGCGCUUCCACAAGCCCUCCCAGGAGUCCGCCGUUAUACACCCCAGCACGCCCAAUCACCUAAACUACAAGGGCAACACCACACCAAAGAACGAAAAGUACACGCCUAUGGAGUUCAAGGUAUUGUCGCAGACCCUGAACAAAAACAACCUCCUUCCGGACGAGAGGUCUAAUUUCUACCCAACACCCCUGCAGCAGACAAAUGUGUACACCACCACCUACUACCCCACAGCGCUGGGCAAAUAUGACUACAACAGGCCUGACUCCUCCCCUUCCCCCUGCCGGACCUAUAACAACAGCUAGGGUAGCUCCACCCACCCAAACUAAACUGAACUCCACCCCCGUCACCGUGGCGACAGACGCCAUAGCAAAUGAACACAACCUCCGACCUGGAAGUCAUUUUUACUCCCCUUUCGUUUAUCCCGUGGUACCUCCCAAAUGAUGAGGAGAGUGUGUAAGGGUAUCCCUGGAACACACCAUCAGCGCUAGUGUGGGGGUGGUUGCUGGUAACUCACAGCAACUCACUAAGUAAAGCCAGGAAUCUGAUGUGUGUCAUUUGGGGAGGUGAGUUCUGGACAUCACUGUCAAUGUAAUGCUUGAGUGGGAACCUGAAUGAUGAACUCUAGAAGACAAUAUAAGCUACAGUGAGGAAUUGGACAGCUUCUCAUCCCUGCGGAACUUGGCAACCGGAGCGCCUUACUUUAGCUAUUUGGUUGCUAUCCAGAGCGGUGACCUUCGGAGAAAACUCAAAAUGGCUGCUGUUUGUCCUCCCAGGUCUGUCUGAUUACCCGUCUCUGUGACACAUCCCCUCUGUGUGCAUAAACCAUCCCCAUUAUAGACACCUAAUUCCCCAGAAAACAGAAGACACCCCAACAUGUGCACAUAUCAUUAUGUCUGUCCUUGCUUCAACACGGUGGAAGCCAAUGGAAGUAAGAACAAAAUCUCCACACAGAAGAAAAAUGUAAUCUAGAGAUUGCCAGUUCUGUUGCGAGUAGAGGACGAAUGCAUUCAACUCACCUAGUCUCAUCACGUGACAAGCAGGGCAAGGAUCCAGGACUUCCUGCCUUCCUUUAGUGGUAUAAGAAGACCCGGAGAACAGAGGGUUCAGACGGCAGCAUAUAUGGGACAACUCUAAUACGUUUGACAACACAGAUCCAGACAUAUACACUGUUGGAGAAACUAUUAUCUGCUAAUGUCCAAACAAGGGCCUCAGUCCUUCUAGUACUAUAUCAGUGGAUUAAAACGGUUUCCCCAAAGAGUCAUCCGACCAUAGGAUGAGGAGCCGAGGGAGUCUCACUGACAUCCAGCUGGAGUCAAUUGAUAGGAUAGAGUUCAUCCAGCGUUGGGAUGCCUUUGGCGCAUGAAUGCAAUAGAUGGGGGGGGGGGGGCCAUGUGGGGUCAGAUUUGACUUUCUAUUACUUUUUUAAUGAUGAUAUAAAGACUUCUGGAAUGGAAUUCCUUCGAUUUUAGAUCGGAAUGGACACAUUCUACUGUACUGUACCUGCUUACCUACCACUCAGUGGUCAUAUUAAAUAUGGCCAGUUUGCCCAACUGGACUCCAAGCGCAUUUUAUAUAUAAUUCAAGGUAGAUUAAUAAGCAAAUAGCGUGGCACUUGUUUUUUUAAGUCGUUUUUGAGGGAGGUUCUUUGUUAGAGUGAUAGAAAUAGAGAGGAUGCUAGGAUAUUUUUUUUUUCACAAAUAAGGGAUAGCUUCUCAUUUGUCAUCAGUUUCACAUCCCAAAAUCGAAAUAUGUUUUCUGUUUCACAGCAGCUUAGUAGCCAACACGUAUCUGACAUCUCAUUUUACAAAUAGGAGAAGAAAAUUUGAAUACAUUCAUGUAGAAGCAACUUAUUUUCCCUUUUUUGUUUUUUGUUCUUUUUUUUUACAAAGUCUGACUGUAGCGAAUAUCAAUGAGUUGACGAUGCUUAAUCAUGCCUGGAAUUAUUUUGGUAUGACAUCAAUGUUUUGAUGAGCGCGUGUGUGCUCGUAGUGAUUCUUUGAGUGUGAGCGUGUAUGUCCACUUGUUUCGCCCGUGUACGCAUGUGAGUUUGAAUGAGCAGGAGAACUGACGACUGUGUAUUUUGUACAAUGUAAAUGUAAUGCUUUCUUACAUAUGACUGUAUAUGAAGGGAUCUGUAAAAAGGGGUAUGUGCAUUUCUUUUCAUACAUUAUGACGGCGGCGUUCCGGAUGUUUCUCUCGGCUUCUGUGUGUGUUCCAUGUAGAACAUGUUAGGCGUCGUACAUUCCUGAGAGCUGCAGAGUUCUCAGGGGGAAGCUUAGGCAUUUCAGAAAACAGAACUGAGCUGUAUUUUAUUAUUAUGCCUGACAUAAAAAUUAAAGCUAAUUCGGCAGCAAUGCUUUUAGUUGAGUUUAUAGAAAUAGAAUGAUCCUAUUCUGUCAUUCUAAUUCUAUAGUUCCCGCCAUUUGCACGAGAGCUCUAUCUGUACAUGAGACGGCCUUCAAUCCGCAGACCAUUCAUGACAUCUAGAGGAUAGUGUAAUGUAAAUGUAUAUUAUUGUAUAGCUAACACUGUUUAAAUAAAAGCCUUAUAGUUGUUAAAAAGUGCAGCAGCUAUGUACACACCAACCGUGGGGUAUGUAAGAGCUUGUCAAAGGGACUGGUUGACUACAGGUCGUACAGCUGUUUUGUACUGAUGUUACGGUUGGGUUACAUCCUAUGGUACUAUAAUAGAGCCACUUUAAUGGUGUCACCACUACAGUUUUACUAACCUAAAAGGCCUGACUAAAUCAAAACAAUGAACAAUAACAAAUAAAUGCCCACAAAAUGAGUAAUGUAGAAUAUUAUCAUUGUGUAUUGGCCAGAACAAAUUAUAUCAGUAAGAUCCGAUGUUGAGGGGACCUAAGGAAAACCUUCCUUUUCAUUUCUUUAUUUGCCUGACCUUUGAUUUUACAGUUUGUGGUUGGCUCCCACUAAAUGGUAAUGCCCACUGAUUGGCUUCCCCCGUUCCUAUAGUAAAUUCUGAUUGGACGAGCUGGAUGUCACAUUGUGAAGCGCUGUCCCCGGAUUGGCUCGGUGCCCUUCUAUGCAACUGACCUGGUGGUACUGUUAGAUAUGUGAUGUAGACUGUAAUCACUGCCUUUUAGACACUGUGAAUUUUUUGGUACUCUAUAUUUUUGUAUAUUGUACAUUAUAAAGGAUAAUAAACCUUGAUGCCAACACAACAUUGUGUGUGUUGUGGUGUGCGUGUGUGCAUGUGCAUGCGUGUGUUCGUGUGUAUGUGUGUGUGUGUGUGUGUGGUGUGUGUAAGUCCAGCACAACAUCAGAUGGAGAGCUCUCUUCCUGAAC